AUGAGGGCUUGUAGCGGGCUGAGGGGAGCCGCCUUCUGCUCCUUCUCCACCGGAGAAGGGGUGGGCCCUGGCCGGAGGCCUCUGAGGAGGGCAUGGGAGAAGUCGUUAUCACCGCUGGAGAGGGUGAGGAGGAUGCUGCCGCCGGAGAAAGCGGCGGAGGUGGGGCUGUGCGCGGCGGCUCCUCAGGCUUCCAGUGAGGAGAAGGCGGCCGCUUCUCCUGAGGUGGCAGCAAGCCAGCCCCGUCCUCUCCGCGCUGGGGAGCUGGUGCUGGCGGAAAUGAGGAGGAAGUACAACAGGACGCUGAAGUUGAUGUGCCGGCUGGUGGCGGGCUCGGUGUUGACUAGCAACGGCGGUCUCUUACCCCACCGAGAUAUCAUCGGCCAGAUGCCCGGGCAGAUGCUGCGUACCUCGAGCGGUGCGCGGCUGCAAGUGAGGCGGCCUUCGCUGGAGGAGUAUGUGCUGCUGAUGCCGCGAGGGCCCACUAUCGCCUAUCCUAAGGAUAUAAGUGCUAUAUUAAUGAUGAUGGAUAUCCACCCGGGAGACACCGUUUUGGAAGCUGGCAGUGGGUCUGGUGCUUUGACCUUGUUUCUGUCAAAAGCAGUUGGGCCCAAAGGACGUGUUAUAAGUUAUGAAAUCAGAGAUGAUCAUCAUAGUUUAGCUAAGAAGAAUUACAGGCACUGGUGUGCUGCAUGGAAAAUAGGACAUACAGAAGAGUGGCCAGAUAAUGUGGAUUUCAUUCUUAAAGACAUUUCAACAGCAGCUAUGGAUAUGAAAUCACUAACACUUGACGCAGUAGUUCUGGAUAUGGUUAACCCUCAGUCUGCUCUGCCUGCUGUACAGCCAAGUCUGAAACAGGGUGGUGUGUGUGCUGUGUAUCUAGCAAACAUCACACAGGUUAUUGAACUUUUAGACAGAAUACGGACCUCCAGGCUCCCUUUUUUGUGUGAAAAGAUCAUCGAGGUAACUUACAGAGACUGGUUGGUGCUCCCUGCUAAAAUCAAGAAUUUCAAAUCAAGCCAAGUGGUGGAAACUCCAGAAAAUAUUGACGAAACACUUCAAAACGAAUAUGAAGAAAACUACAUUCAGGAUCAAGUAGUUCUUACAGAAAAUGAAUACAAUGAACCACUUUCUGAUGACACUGAAACACACUGCUCGGUGCCUUAUGUUGCUCGACCAUCUUCCUGGCAGGAUGCUCAUUCAGCAUUCCUUAUCAAGCUGAGAAAGUUUGGACCACUGCAUGCUUGAUGCUGCUGGGAUGUCAGCUGCUACUCUGAGCUCCACUGUGGUAUAUGGAACGCUCUCGCUGCCACACAUAAUGUGUUGGAGCAAUAGCCAUCACCUACCAAACAAUCAUUAGAUCAGAUGCCACAGGAACAGGAAAACAAGGGAUCCAGUUCACGUAUGGCAGAGAAUAAAUUCUGUGUAGCUGAAAUAGGGAU